CCUUUUUAAUGCUCUAUAUAUGUGUGUGUUUGGAUUUUUCUUAUUCUUUUGCUUUCCACACACUUGAGGGUUUGGCCCAUUUUCUUUUGUGAUUUUUGGACGCCUUACUCUUUUUCUUUUAUAUAUACACCGCUCUCUCUUCCCCAUUAGACCUUCCUCUACUUCUUCUUUUUCUUCUUUGUCUGUUCCUGUUUUCUGCACUGCUUUUUCCAUGGAAAAGUUCCAAAUGUUAUUUCCUUUUUCAUCGACAGGGCCUUCUUAUCCUGUAUCGUCAUCCGCAGCAAAUUCUCAUGUUUUUAACAACUUUCAAGGUGAUCCUUCAAAUGGAUUCUUGGGAUUGAAGAUAGACAAUCAAGUAGAAGUAGCACCAAGAACAGAAGUCAAGAACCUUAACUCAUCAUCAGAAGGUGCAAGCUUUGCAACUGGGUCUGAAGCUGAUCUAAAACCAGGCAAAAAGAAAGGAGAAAAGAAGAUUAGAAAACCCAGAUAUGCUUUUCAAACUAGGAGCCAGGUUGAUAUACUAGAUGAUGGUUAUCGAUGGAGGAAAUAUGGCCAAAAAGCUGUGAAAAACAACAAAUUCCCAAGGAGCUACUACAGGUGCACGCAUCAAGGGUGCAACGUAAAGAAGCAAGUGCAACGCCUAACAAAAGAUGAAGGUAUUGUAGUAACAACAUAUGAAGGCAUGCACACUCAUCCUAUAGAGAAGACAACUGAUAACUUUGAACAUAUCUUGAGCCAGAUGCAAAUUUACACCCCCUUUUGAGUAAUAGAUAGAGAUAUUAAUCCUAGUACUCCUUGGACAUAUAUGGCAAUAAGGUUCUUUUCUUAUUUAGAAAUGGCAGCAAGAAGUGCAAUUCUUCAGUUUAAGCUUUUGUUGAUUAUACAUAUGUUGAUUCUGAAAAAUUAUUUCAUGAAACUAUUGUGUGUGCAACAGUUAUAUGUUAAUUAUAAUAGGAAGUAUAUAGAAUCCACCAUAAUCAAUGGUUAUAAUAUAUUGUAUUAUCCAUUUUAUUUUAUUUUUUUAUUUUUGGUUUCAUCCUUUCAAGUGGAGUAUGUCAUCUAAAUUCAGUGUGAUAUAUGGUGCACUAUAUCUGAGCAUCAGCAACUGAGAACCAGAAUUCCUAAUUUACUGUUUAACCUUGCAAGUGUUCUUCUCUGUGAUGAGAUUUUUUUUUUUUUU